AUGAAGUUACUGUCUCUUCACCCAAAUCUAGCAAUCAAAGAAUUCUGUUCCGUGACUGGGACUCAGUCAACUUGCAUUUCUUCUCUAUCUUCCACCAUUAGACCCACGCCUGAAGCAGACCCUAACCAGAUUUUCAUUCUCUCUCUUGAAAUCUCCAUCAUCGGUUUGCUCAACAUUACUUCAAUGAUGUCGACGACAAGGUCAAACGACUCGGUUUUUCAGAAUUGCUCGAGUUUAUUGCGUGACUCGCUGAGUCAACUCAAUGGCACGUUGGGGAUCAUGCACCACAAUCCAGAUAUAAUAACGCAGACGUAUGAGCAGAGGAGAGACAUGACGGUGUCGAUCACAACGGCAAUUGAUGAUCUGAGAUCUUGUGUUGAUGAUCUGGGGAAGGUGAAGUCGACGGCUAUUGAUGAAGUAAGUGUGGAGAUGCAUAAAUUAGAGGUGUACGUUAGCUCUAGCAGAAGUUUCCUAAUCAACUGCGAUGGUGUUCUCGAGAAUUUCGGUUAUGCUUUGCAAAUGGAAAACGCUGAGAAUUCAAGUGACUUGCUAUUUUUCGAAAAUUUAUUUGCUGUAAGUUUUUAUGGAUCGCAGUAUUUGGUUUUAGUUUUUCUAUUUUGCUUGCUUUUACGCAUUUACUGA